UGAAGUGAGCCAAUAACACGCGGAAAACUCAUAAAAUCUCCCUUUUCUCGUUGGAUAUUGGUCAGAUUUAUGUGAAAUACAUCAAAUCAGAUUCUGGACAAUCAUUUUUAUCAAAAAGUUAGGUGAAAUCAGGAGAAAUGCUAGCGGAACCGGUGAAACAAACAUCAUAUGUUUUGCAACCACGUGGAAAGCCUCUCUAUGAAGGAAAUGAGGAUAGUUUCGGCAUGAGAAUGCUCACGAAGAUGGGCUGGAACAAGGACAAGGGCCUGGGCGCCAAGGAAGACGGUUCGAAGGACUUUAUUCGGGUGAAAUACAAGAACACCAGCACAGGAAUGGGAUUCCAGGACAAGGACACUCAAUGGACAGCUCAUGAGGACGAAUUCAGCAAACUGUUGGAUAAUUUGAAGAGCGAGGACGCUGGAGAAGAUGCCCGGAAUUGUGAAUCUCUCGAGGAGAAGUCUAAGAAGUCUCGGGCGAGAGUUCAUUAUAAGAAGUUCACGAAAGGAAAGGAUUUGUCGCAGUACAGCGAGAAGGAUCUGGCCAAUAUCUUCGGCAGGAAGACUCUGAAGGUGGAGGAGAGUAAAGAGGAAGUCGCUGAGGAGGAAUUACCGUCGAGCAGCAAUUAUGGAGUGACUACAACAACGUCCAAGAUGUCGAGUGUUGAGUAUUUCAAGAAGAAAAUGAAUGCGGCGGGAUCCUCUGGUCAGGAAAUCAGUGAGACUUUUGAGCAAACUGCGUCUGUGGAUGGAGAUGAAUGUGAGAAGUCAAAGAAGUCUUCUAAGAAGAAGAAAAAGCGAACUCGAGAGGCAGAAGAGUACCAAGAAACUCCCGUUGAGGAAGAGAAGCCCAAGAAGAAACGGAAAAAGGACAUUCAGGAGACUAUCGAGAGUGUAGAAGUGAUCCAAGAGGAGAAACCGAAGAAGAAGCGAAAGAAAGACAGACAAGAAUGCGAAUCUGCUCAAGAAACUCCCCAGAAGGAGUCUAAAAAGAAGAAGAAAGCGAAGCAGGAAGAGCCAAAUGCCGCUCCAGAGCUUCAGGCAGGUCUCGAGAGGUACUCUUCCUCUGGUCAAGUGACCUUCAAGUUGCACAAGAACAAGUGUGACGUUCUGCUGAACUUCGAUUCGCGUGCCUUCAAGGGAAGCAAUGUGCACAGCAUAAUUGGCUAUCGUCUGAAUGAGAAAAUAGACCUGGAAAUCUUCGAAUCCUACGAAGGCGAGAAGACAGGAGCGCCAGAAGAGGCUGAAGAUGGUCAAUAAAUUCUCUUUUGCUCUUUGCAAUUUAUUAGUUCAGUUCAAAUUAAAAUCCUUAUAACGACGUAUUACAUUUUCAAAUCUUAGUCUACUGAAGAACGCUUCAUUGGCUCAGUUUAGGUAAUUCUCUUCUGCUGCCCUCGACAAUCCU